GUGACGGACACUUCCACGCGGGCCACGUUAAAAUAGGUCCCUCAAGUAUUCAGGGUCGAUUGGACAAGAGGCUUAACCCUCUGACACCACCCACUGUUUCAACCAACUACAGUCCCUUUCGACUAAAAAGGGACGCUGUCAUUAGUAUCUUCUUCCUGUUCAGUCCACUCACAACAGCAAUGGCGGCUGCUGCACGGUUUCUUCUCAGAGGUGCAGUCUCCAAAGCCUCCAUCGCGAAUGUAAAUGUCGGUGCUCAGAGCUCGUUUGGGAUCACACUGCUGAGGUUAUCCCCGAAUUGCUCAUCCAAAACUAAAACACAAAGAAGGAAUGCUGCGCACUUCACCUACCACCCUGACCCUGUCCCCACAGAGUAUGGCCCCACUACAAAGAUGAACUUAUUUCAGUCUGUGACCAGUGCCUUGGACAACACUCUCGCCAGCGACCCCACCGCAGUCAUCUUUGGGGAGGAUGUCGCCUUCGGUGGAGUAUUUCGUUGUACCGUGGGUCUCCGAGACAAAUAUGGUAAAGACCGUGUCUUCAACACUCCUCUGUGUGAGCAAGGCAUUGUGGGAUUUGGAAUCGGUGCGGCAGUUGCCGGUGCCACGGCCAUCGCUGAGAUCCAGUUUGCCGACUACAUUUACCCUGCCUUCGACCAGAUUGUAAAUGAAGCCGCAAAGUACCGCUAUCGCUCCGGCAACCUAUUUGACUGCGGGAACCUCACCAUCCGGGCGCCGUGGGGCUGCGUGGGCCACGGCUCGCUCUACCAUUCCCAGAGUCCAGAGGCCUUCUUCGCCCACUGCCCAGGCAUCAAGGUUGUAAUACCCAGAGGUCCGGUCCAGUGUAAGGGACUGCUGCUGUCGUGCAUCGCAGAUCAGAACCCCUGCAUAUUCUUCGAGCCCAAGAUCCUCUACAGAGCAGCGGUGGAGCAGGUCCCUACAGAUGCCUACACCAUCCCACUUUCGCAGGCCGAGGUAAUACAGGAAGGAAGUGACGUCACUCUGGUCGCGUGGGGAACACAGAUCCAUGUGCUGAGGGAAGUGGCCAACAUGGCUCAGGAGAAGCUGGGCGUGUCCUGCGAACUCAUAGAUCUACAGACCAUUUUGCCUUGGGACACCGAGACUGUUUGCAAGUCGGUGGCCAAGACCGGACGGUUGCUUAUCAGUCACGAGGCUCCAAUCACUGGAGGCUUUGCUGCCGAGAUCAGCUCCACAGUGCAAGAGGAAUGCUUCCUCAACCUAGAGGCGCCCAUCGCUAGAGUCUGCGGCUACGACACUCCCUUCCCCCACAUCUUCGAACCCUUCUACAUCCCAGACAAGUGGAAGUGCUUUGACGCCAUCAAGAAGUUGAUCAGCUACUAAUCUCAAACUACUGAUCCCCAGAGCCACGUCUCGGGGGACCUGGAUUCAGAGCUUCCUCUCGCCAUUGUUCUCACCAAUGGACAUUAUCCAGAAAAAUACACUUUGUCGGCCAUCCAAUCAGGAAGCAUAAUCCAGAUGGUUCUUUUGGCCCUCCAUGUGCAAGCACAGACUGUUACUUCUGGUUUAGUGAACCUUUUCUGUAAAUGGGGAAUAGGUGUCCUCUUGGUCGUCUCUCUUACUACUGUACGCUUUCUAACUUCCAUGGUAAAUCAGAUCCACACAGACAGUUUCACAAACACUAAUGUGAGUACCAGUAAGGGUUAUUCUAUAGGAACUCUGACUGUUACGAUUGUUGAAUGUGUCUCUGCCUCAGUCUUCCCUGUUUAAUUUUACUCUUCGAAUGACUCUAUGCCUUUUCUAAUUUUAGUUUUGUUUCACAUCACGUUGACUGUACUAAAAAUAAUGGACCUGUUUUUUUAAAUGAAAAUAAAGUAAUUGACCUUAGUGGUACAUCAGCCUCA